GCCGAGAACUGGGGGAGGGGCGUCCCUAGUUUAUCGCUUCUUUGAAGAUAGAAGAGAUCAAGUUGGGCACCUGGCAUUUGAUACAAAAGUAGAGCAAGUCUGCCUUUCCUCUCCUCGGUCUGUAUUUCUGUUCUGUCUCCCACUCAUGUUUUGUAAGAAAGUUGAGCGCCAGGACUCACGCCAUGGUGGUGUCAAUUCCUGUCUUUAAAUACUAUUCAUAAACAUUUCCUGGUAACAAAACUCACGUGGGACAGAACUUCCUCAGUGUUUCUGUGGUUUGAGGUCAUCUCUAAAUCAAGGCUGUUUGUCCCUUCCUGCAGUCCCCCUAACCACCAAAUAUUAGAGCUAUAACAUGGGGCACACACCCCUGGGGGCACCUCAGAAUACUCCGCAGGUGUGGCCCAGAGCACAGGGAUGCCUCUCCCACAGGUGCCAUGUGAGGAGGGACUAGGAACAGACAAGGUGGCAAGGAUGAGCCCCUGAGGGUCACGGCACACCCUCCAGCCACAGCCAUAGAGACCAGGCCAGCUGCUUCCCUGCUGCCAGGUGUCGCCUGCAGGAAGGCCCACCCCUGCAGACAGCACGCUGCCCCUGGGGGAGCAGUGAGGGCACAGCCUUGCUCUCUGACCCCUCUGGUGCCAGACUGUCUCACAGAACCUUUGCCGCUGCCCAGAGCUCAGCACAGCUUGAAGUUCCCAGUGGACCUUUGAUCAUACUCAGCAGAAGGUUGGUUUCUGGGGAAUAAGUGAGCCAGGUGACCAGGGGACAGGGACAAGCCUUGUGUACUGUUAACGGCUUUCCUGUUUCGUGUCAUUCACUGGCCAAAGAGCCCCAGCUAUACUCCACGCAUCGGCCUCGCUACCUUCAGGCUGUGUGCUCACCUCGGCCCUUGCCCCUGUCAGGUGCCAGUUCCCUCCUGAUCAGUCUUCAAACUCAACCCAAAUGCCUUUUUCAGGAAAGCCUUCCUGUGUCACCUGACCCUGCUCUAGUCAACACUCCCUGCUCCAAUCACCGUUUAAUAAAUUACACCCGUAUUCGCCCAAGGCCUGCACCCAGGUGAAAGCAGUGAGUGAGGCGGUGGGGACUGGCGGGGGCUGGAGAGAGCGUGACCACCUAGAAGGCAUUCCUACUAGGACCAGUGUUUUCAGAUCUAACGUUUUCAAAAGGAGCCAGAAAUCCAAGUUUUAAAAAGACCCUCCCCCCAACCCCAACAUUAAAUCCUGCAAAUAAUUAUUUUUAGAAACAAUGUAAGCCAAUGGUUCCUAAUGUUUAAUUUUUGUUUUUAGUCCUCACCUGAGGAUAUGUUUUUAUUGAUUUGAGAGAGAGAAACAUCAAUGUGUGACAGAAACAUCCAUCAGUUGCCUCCCGUACGCACCCCGACCAGGGCUCGAACCCACAACCUAGGUAUGUGCCCUGACCAGGAAUUAAACCCACAACCUUUGGUUACGGGACGACCUCCAACCACUGAGGCUCUGGCCUGGGUGCCUCUGGUUUAAUGUCUUUCUCACUGGGCUCAGCUCCACAGGGCACAUGCCCCACAUGUGACACGGCAUCUGAACUCAACAAACGAAACACAAAGGCAGGCAGGCCUCGGCCAACACAGCACCAGGGCGUCAGAAAGGCUAGCAAGGACAUGGCAAGCACCAUCCACCCUCUCUUGUUGACGGCCUGCUCGGAAUGCCUCCAGCCCCCUACAUCCUCCUUCCAGGCCCUGGCCUCACUGGCCUCCCUGCUGCCAUCACAAUGGCCGGAGCCGCUCCUGGCCGGGGCCUCUGUGACAUCAACCCGGCUCAGCCCCAGCACUCAGAGUCCAGGUGCGAGGGCAGACAGACCCACCAUGAGCAGCCUCCUCCCCCACCCCUGCUCACCAUGCGGACCCUGAAAUGGACCCUGUUCCUGCCCAUAUGCCUAUCUUGCGGCUACGCCUUUAUGUUUUCUUCUCUGAGGGAGAAUGUCAAAGCACCCCCCGGAAAGGUGCCUUGCGGAGGGCACUUCCGAAUUAGGCAGAACCUACCAGAGCACACCCCAGGCUGGCUCGUCAGCAAGUGGCUCUGGUUCUUUUUUAUUGUUAUACUGUAUCUAAUUCUCAAGUUUCGAAGAGACCGUGAAAAGAUGAAGGAAAAGACCCCUCCUGGCCCUCGAGGCUCUUUGGUUCGUGCUGCACCGAAGAAGAACCAGUGUGCUAACCCCAGCAAAGACUACGCACUGCAGACCUUAAACCAGCUCGAGAUGGACCUCGUGCAGUUCAUGUCCAAGGUGCGGAAUCUGAAAGUCGCCGUGGCAACUGCCGGUGACUACAAGGGGCAGAACUUUGAGAGGCCUGCAGACCCACAUAACAAUGUUACCAUCUACGAAAUAUGGGGCGAAGAAGACUACGAAUAACUGGAUUUGUGUGUCAAAGUAGGACAGGAAAGUCGAGGGUAGACACACCAUAUGCAAACUAAUAAAACUGUUCUGAAGAAAAAUCUCAAAUCUGAGAUAUUUUCCCCUCUUCGCUUAAACCUGAAAAAAUAAAUGUGAGGCCAGUAGCCAUGGGCGUGGCCAUGAAGGUUUUGUUUUUUGGCCUUUCUUGCUUCCUCCAGGGUUGUGGUGGUGAGACGCUUGGCCAAGGGGCCAGGGCCGGAGAACAAGGUUUAGGAAAUUUGGGGUGUUAAUAUCAUUUCCAUACUUGCUGUCUUUAUAUUAGCUAUUUGUGCAAAUGAUGGAACUGAUUAUCUUAUAAUUGAUUACAUUAUAAAGGACAACUCUAAUGAUGGGUGUAAUAAAAUGAUUGAAUUUGUGUGUGUGUGUGUGUGUGGCGGAUGAUGGUUUCUAGAAUCACUUGAUUUUCUUACCCCCAAAAGUCUUAUUCAUUUUAGCUCAUGAAGCAUUGACUGUCUUCUACCAAUUAGCAGUUACAUAUGUCCAAUUGAAUUAAGAAAAUGGAGAAUUGAUUCAUACUAACCAGGGCUCUGUCAAUUACUUGCUAUGAAUGUUCUUUAUAGUACCUAUUAAAAUAUGGAUGUUUUGGCAUGUUACUAUGGCUAAUGGGAAGUACAUGUGCUUAAUACAGCUGUUAAGUUGGCUUAUGACCCCUUCUGCAGGCCACCCUGACUAUUUAUAGAUGCGCCGUGCAGGGCCAGAGGAGCAGCUGAGGACCCAGGGCAAUUCCCUUCCUUCCACCUUCCUUCCCACUACAGAAGGCUAAGUCCCGCCCUGGCUGGUGUGGCUUGGUCGGGCGUCCUCCCAUGCACCCAAAGGUCCCCAGGUCCGUUCCUGGUCAGGGCAUGUUCCCAGGUUGUGGGUUUGGUCCCUGGUUGGCAGCCAUUUAAAGGUGUUUCUCUCUCAUCAAUGUUUUUCUCUCUCUCUCCCCGUCUCUCUUCCUCUCUCUCUCUAAUAAUCAAUAAAAACAUAUUUUACCCCCAAAAAAGUUCAUUCCCACUGUUUGAACAACGUCUUCAGCAUCUGUCCCACGUGAGUGUAGGAGUUAGGCCUCUAAUGAAAGCUGCCUGUCUGCUCCCUCGUGUCAAUGUUACUCGUCUUUGAAAAGUGGUCCC